AUGGUGACUGAUAUGUGCGUGUCGAUUAAAGCAGGAAGCUCUGAUUAUUUGGAGAAACAUCCAGAGCGCAGAAUAUCAUUUUCCCAAAAUUUUUACAUUAUUGGAGUUACUUUUGCGGCUGGUAUUGGUGGCCUUCUAUUUGGUUAUGAUACUGGUGUGAUAUCUGGCGCUCUCUUGUACAUAAAAGAUGAUUUUGAAGUUGUAAAGAACAGUAGUUUUCUUCAGGAACUAAUAGUUGCCAUGGCCUUAAUUGGUGCAAUUUUCGGCGCCGCCAUUGGUGGUUACAUUAAUGAUUCUUUAGGGCGUAAGGCUGCCACUAUUGUGGCAGAUAUUUGUUUCGCAGUAGGAUCACUCUUGAUCGCCGUCGCACCAAAUCCCACUCUUAUCAUAGUUGGCCGUUUUUUUGUUGGCCUAGGUGUAGGUUUCGCCUCUGUUACUGCUCCUAUGUAUAUUGCAGAAAUGACCAAAUUGUCUGCAAGAAAUUCAUCAGCCAUUUUGCUUCUGAGACUUGUCUUAACAAUUUUCAUUGUUAAAAAGGCUCUUUCUGUUGUUGCUGUAGACACUGGUAGAGUCAAAACAAGACGUAUUAAUCUAUCAACCAUGUGA